AUGGCGAACCACCACCCGUCGCCUACGAUGAUGCAGAUGCAACAUCAGGCUCCUCCUCCGGGAGGUCCGCCUCAGAAUGUCCAGCCUGCUCAUUUCAACCCGCCUCACCAGAUUGCGGGCUUGAACCAGAUCACGGCCAUGAACGAGGCUGUGUGGUUGCAGAUUGGAAGCUUCUCUGAAUUGCUGCGAGUGUCCGAUGAGGCAAUGCACGCCUACGAACGAGCCCUCCAGGCCAACCCUAACUCGAUCGCCGCAAUGAACGCGAUCGGAAUGCUCCUCAAGGGCCGAGAAGCAUUCGACAAGGCUCUUGAAUUCUUUCGGGCCAUCGUCCAGCUCGACCAGAACAAUGGUGAAGCUUGGGGCAAUCUCGGCCACUGUUACUUAAUGACCGAAAACCUACAAAAAGCGUAUGACGCGUAUCAGCAGGCUCUCGUUAACCUCCGUGAUCCCAAGGAUCCCAUGCUGUGGUAUGGCAUUGGCAUUUUGUAUGACCGGUAUGGAAGCUAUGAUUAUGCAGAAGAGGCUUUCUCGCAAGUCAUGACAAUCCAGCCCGACUUUGAAAAGGCCAACGAGAUUUACUUUCGACUGGGUAUAAUCUACAAACAACAAUCGAAAUUCAAUCAGAGUUUGGAUUGCUUUAAAUACAUUGUUAAUUCCCCCCCGGGACCUCUGACCCAGGAGGACAUUUGGUUCCAGAUUGGACAUGUUCAUGAACAGCAGAAAGAUUUUGACGGUGCCAAGUCUGCGUACCAGCGAGUGCUGGAUCAAUCGCCCAACCACGCCAAGGUUCUUCAGCAGCUGGGUUGGCUGUACCACCAACAGAGCCCCUCGUAUGAAUCCCAGGAACGCGGUAUUCAAUAUCUUGAAAAAUCCGUCGCAGCAGACAACCAAGACGCGCAAAGCUGGUAUCUUUUGGGUCGGUGCUACAUGUCACAACAAAAGUAUCCAAAGGCAUACGAAGCCUAUCAGCAGGCUGUGUAUCGCGAUGGGAAGAACCCCACUUUUUGGUGCUCCAUUGGUGUCUUGUAUUACCAGAUCAACCAAUACCGAGAUGCUUUGGAUGCGUACUCGCGGGCUAUUCGCCUGAACCCUUACAUCUCUGAGGUCUGGUACGAUCUCGGCACUCUGUACGAGUCUUGCAACAACCAGAUCGCUGACGCCCUGGAUGCCUACCAAAGGGCAGCGGAACUGGAUCCAGGUAACCCGCACAUCAAAGCUCGCCUCCAGCUUCUUCGUUCCGGUGGCACCAAUGGUGGCCCACCCCCUGCUGCUCCUCAACCUGCCGACAUGCAUCCCUCAACGUAUCAGACAGGUCCCACAGGUCCUCCUCAAUGGGGAGGAUCUACGCAACAACAAUCGGGCGGCCCCCCUGCUGCUACUCAAGCGGCUGGCGAGAGCUGGGCCGGCAGGCUUUCCAAUGUGAACCCGCCUCCUCAGCCCCCUAACCCUUAUGAAAGUCGAAGUGGCGAGCCUUUCCGUGGUGGCCCAGCACCACCUCUGCGACAGCCCAGCCCUCCUCCGCAACAAGAGCUGCCAACACGUCAACCGUAUCCCGAGCUCAACAGACCCGGCCCAUCACGUCGUGGUCCAUCACCGCCGCCGCAAGCUCACCAAUUCGCGCAGCCUCUUCCCCCGCCACCACCUCAGUCUCAGUCUCAACCUCCAGCCCCUCCGCCGACUGAGCGACGUGUUGUCAACCCCAACUGGGGUGGUUCAACGCCUUCGGCAUCGGCACCUCCUUCCAAUAACCCAAAUAGCGCCAAUCCCCCUCCCAACGGCAUGACUACUUUCCGGCCAGCCAGCAGCCCCCGUACUGCUGAUGGCCGCCCCCCGGUUCAUGAUAACCGCAUGCCGUCUCCAAAGUCGGCUUAUCCUCAGCACCCGGCUCCACCGCACUAUCCUCACCAUUCAGAGAUGCCGCCUCAGAGUGGCCCCGAGAAUAAUGCACCGCAGCCACCUCCUGCCCCAAUUGCUGAACCUCCUACCCAGCGUAUGGAUGACCGCCCUCCAUCUGUUGGGCCAAAGAGACAUCGCGAGUGGGAAGACGAACCUGUGGCUAAAAAGCCAGCCAAUGAGGAGACCCGUGCACGAUUGGAGAACCUAAAUCACCGCAGACCUUCGACGCCGCCCCGCGAUGCAUAUCGUCGCAAUUCAUCUGAAGCUCGCCGAACGGAGGAGCAACGCCGCCCCGAAGAGCCCAGGAGGUCCGACGAGCCACGCCACAAGACGGAGAGCUAUCAUCCUUCUGAGGCUGCCCAUCACACCCAAAACCACAGCGUGAGCUCGAAUCACUUGCCACCGAUGCAGCCAGGAUCGGGCCCCAUGACUGGCGUUGUUCAUGAAAAGCCUCAGCCACCCGUUGUUCCCAAGGAGGAACCUCGCACGGAACAGGCUCCUCCGGCUCGUCCACCCCCUCCUCCCGCCUCUGAACCUGAGCGCGCGGCUAGGAAGAUGGAAGUUGACGAGGAUUACGACGAUAGCGGAGAGGAUGAGAAGAAGGCGGCCGUUCUCACCAAUGGCUCUGGGCCUUCAGCGGCGUCUGGGGAUCUAAAGGUCCCGCCAUCUUCUACGAGCAACGCAAAUGCUGCUUCUGGCCCUGCACCUAAAACUGAGUAA